UACUCAAUAGUAGUAUACGAUUUUGUAGUUUUGUUACAAUUUCCAAUUCGUGUACCUGUAUUUCAAUUUUAAAACAUAUUCUUGUGAAAUUCUAGAUUUCCGUAUUUUUGUUAUUUCAACUCUUCCAAAUUUUCUAAUGUGAAGUGCCAAAGAGGCCCAUAGGCCUUAGGUAGUACCGAUGGUUUUUUCUUAGAAUUUAAGUAAAUAUUCGUCCACUUUAUCCACUUUUGUUCUUUUUAUUUUCUCAUCAGUGGCUUAUUGAUAAAAUCGCUGUUUAAAUUCACUUUUGCGUGUGACGUGGCGUAGAUGUUAACGCACAGUUCGUACGAUAAUUAUGUGAGAUGUGAAUUUAAUAUACGUAGUGAUGGAUGAAAGCAAUAACUCUUGUAAGGAUUGCCAAGGUGUUGAGGAGUUGCAUAAAGACGUCGAGCAUUUGAGGCAACACUUGGCUGAAAAGGAUGCACAUUUUGUAGCUCUUGAGACUGAGUACUUUAAGUGUAAUGCAAGGGCAACUGACCUAGAAGACCAGGUUAAUACUUGGAGGGAAAAAUAUGAGAGAUUGUAUGAUUCCCACAAGAGAGUUCAGAAACUAAAUCAAGUAUUAGAAGACAAAUUGCUUCAAUUGGUAGAUAAGAUGAAGAGUGAGAAAAGUCAGUUAACAAAGGACAUUGCCACUCUGUCCGUCAGAUUGGCAGAAUCAAAGCAUAAUUAUAGCAUGCUUCAGAAGGAAAAUGAAAGAUACAAAAAUGAUAUGAACUUGGCAAUCCAAUUGCUUCAGUGCAAGCCAGACAAUUUUGUUUCCCAAAAACUAGAUAAUCUUCCUGUAGAUACACAAGCUCGAGUUUCUCAAUAUGUUAUGUCUAAAACACCAAAGACUGCCAGUUCUGCGGCCUCAAAGACCGGGAAUGAAAUUGAUACCUUUGAUGCUAGUGAAUAUGAAUUCAAUAUAUCAGCUUCACUUAUGACUAAAAUUCUCGAGGAUAGUAUUCAAGAUACUGUCACAAAACACUGUGACACAUGCACUUGCUCAAAGUCGCAGACCAAACCAUUUUGCUACAACGAAAGCUUUUAUAGUAUUUCCACCCAAACCCAUCUGAGUGGGGAAAUGAAAAAUUCUCUUUGCCUCAAUUGUAAUGCGGAAAUAAAAUCUCUUCAAUCUGGCUUAAGUGUCAGAAGCAUUUCUCCGCACAGUGUUAGAGUUAUCAAUGAAAAACUAAACAAUCACAGCCCUCAACCAAUGUUUAUUGUGCCACAAAUUGUAGAACAGAAUGAAAUUAAUGUGCCAUCUAUUGAAGUUAUUAAAACAAUUGUUCCUGAAGUAAUGGUUGAAGAAAAACCGAAGAUAGAAGUUAUAAACAGAGAGUGUAUUCCUAAAAUGGAAGACAUGAGAAAAGAUACAGUUAAUGUUGAACCAACAGUUCAUCAUAAAUUGUGUGAUCGCACAAAGACCUCUAUUUCAAGCAACAAGGACAGUAUUCAAAGUGCUACAGAGGAUCUAUUACUCAAAGACAUUCCAAACUCUAAAGAAAUUAAAACAAAACAUUCCAGUCCAUUCAUAGAAACCGGAAAUUUCAGGAAGAACUCUCAAAGUUCAAUGGGUAAUGGAAGUCGAACAUCUUCGAUAGCCAAAUCAACAGUCAGCACUCAUAAAUCCGCUAACCAAGUUGGGCCAGGGCCCAGAUUUUGCCACUUAAGGAUGCAAGCCGGAUCAAAAAAUAUUUUAUUAGACAAUGCCGAGCCAGACGUUCCCCCUGUCUUAUAUAGGAGGCAGAGCAAAAAUGAAAAUUCAAUAUUCAAGGAUCUUCAUGAUGGGAUGGAUAAUUUUAUAGACCUAGAUAGAACCGAUGAUGACGUAAAAAUAAAUAAAAAUGACAGUGUGGUAAUUGAGACAACACUUAUAGACGUUCAUGUCGAUAAUAAUAUGAAAGACUCCAAUUCUAGCAACAAGAGUAAUUCAAUCAAUCCGAUCUUAUUAAAUGUCGUAUCCUCAUCGCCACUGCAGCCGUUGAAAACACAUAACUUUACUCCAAAUAUUGAACAUGUCAACAAUGAACAAAGUAUUGCCAGCCAACAAAAUUCCUGUGAAGUUGAUAACCUGUUGAGUGAUUUCAGCGUUGAAAACGCCAAUUGCCAAAAAGAAGUGAUAAACGAAGUUGAAGACAGUAAUAAGAAAGAUGUAACACCAACUGAUAAUCACGACGUGAAAAUAUUCAACUUUGACCGCUACGAACAAAACAAAGUGACCACUCAAUACACUAAGCCAAUGAAGAAAAUCGAUAUGUCGCAACUUCAUUCUCUUGAAAACACCAAGAUCUCAAAGGACCUGCCGCCUCAAGGGCCGCCACCCAACGUAGAGAAAAACGCCGAAGCCGUAAAAGUGGCGCCGAACAUCGUCAAUGUAUAUCCAAAUUUGACCCAAACCCAUCUCAAAGUUAACGAAACUACGAAAGUUUGUAAGAAAGAACAGAGCACCAGUUCAAUGUCUAGCGACGAUAGCGCUGCGAUAUUGCAAAAACAACAGUUGUUGCGCGUCGCCGAAUGGGUCGAGAAGAACUUGGAACAACAGAACCUGAACGAUCCGUUGGAAGACGAGUGCUUCGCGAGCCGGGCGUUGAGGAGUAACAGCAAAAUCCACAGACUAACCGAAACCUUGAACGAGCUGGCUCUCAACAUGCCACACCCGGUCAGCAAAUACUCCAAGUCGUACAGAGACGCUCGCAACAGCUGGAUUCACAGCAUAGCGACGCACGCCAGCCAAGACAAGGCGGCGAAGCAUACGGCAAACGCGAAGCUGGUGAACAACAUCAGCAAGGAGACAUUAUUCCCUGUGGAGAGCGGAGAAGCGACGGUCACCGAGGUCAAUAACGCUAAAAGUCCUUCGAGCAGCGAAUUUGAUGCGAACAAAGAGUUGCGGGAGGCCCUCAAAGGGGCCGACAAGGAUAUAUCGCCGGAGGAUUUGGCGCGUAUGGAGUACAACGUGAAGAAAUUCCUGCUGAGCGGACCCUAUUGGAACCCGAACGAACCCGGCAGAAGCCGACGCACAAGUAGCAAGACUGAGACUGAUGUAUAAAUCCAUAGAUAACAUUCCACUGCGCGGAAUCGUGUUCAUUUACGCACGCUUUUUGCCGCUUUUAUAGUUGUGUGUUGUGUGAGACUUGUUCGCUGUGCCCCUAGAAUAAACUUCAGAAAUGGUUUUGAUUAAUUUAAAACAUUCCAAUUUAAUAUGAAUAAAAUAUGGGUGCAAAAGUCCGGUUUAGGUAUUAGGUACUUUGUGUGCUUAGUUAAAUUAUAAUGCUAUAUACAGACGGACGAUUUAAUUACAAAUAUUUUUUUUUAAAGACUACCCGUCUUGCUCAUAGUUUAUUUAGAUUUUUUAUUGACGCUUGUGCUAGUCUGUUACUGAUAAGUAAUUAAUAGCUUUGUGAUUAUUGCUUCAUCUGUGGUAUUGAUGUCUUUAAUUAGAUAAAAUGAAUUCAUAUAAAUCGAUGUUUACCGACUUAAUUAUAUUAAACGGGAUUUUAAUUGACCGUUUAAGUCGCACAUUAGUGUCGGUUUUGUUUUACGAUAUUUUAUUUAUUGAGCGCGCGUUUUGUAGAUUUGUUAAUCUAUCAAAAUGUAUAUAGCAGGAUGCCACGGGCUUACUAAGUGUAUUGUACGCUUAAAAAGGACUCGAUUGUAAUAAUUUUUUAUAUUAGGACAAAUAUAAACCGCUUCUGAAAUUAUCAAGAUAUCAAAAUCUCCUUAUAAAAGUAUCUAUACUUGUGAUAAUGCUAGUUACACUAUGUACAAAGUUAGAGCACACCAAAUGUUGUCUUCAAAAAUAUUGAUUGCAUAAAAUUUAUGACAAGUUAUAAUAAAUGUUUAUUUUCUUUGUAAAGCGCCAUCUAUGAUAGAGAGAGAUAACUAAAAUGUUUUACUCGAGCAUUUCACUUAAAUAAAUUCAUUAGCGGAAAUAAAGACGAAUUUAUAAAAAUAUUUACGCAACUCGGCGUUUUAACUGUUUCACAGCAAUCGCGGUUAAUGAGACUCGCGCAGCAAUGUCAUUAAAAUAAAAAACAAGGUUAUUUUUUUUUAUUUCUCUAUGAUUUGUUUAUGGUCAAAGUUAUAGCUAAAAUCGGCGGUUUGCGCUUUUAAAUAUGUAUUUAAAUAUCAUAUUCUUUUUUAAUUUUAAUCUCAAGUCGUACUGUAAGAAGUUUUUACUAGUUUCUACUAGUUUUGUGCAGAUAAACCAAAAUUAAUAUUUUUGAAGAUGAAUAGCGGCUUAAUUUAUUCACUCAAUAACUAUUUUCAUAUUCUAAGUCCACGUCGAUUCCGUCGAACCUAUUGGUAUAUUGCUUCUGCUUUCUUAUCAGACAGCUAAACAUAUAUUUUAUUAUAUGCAGUGUGUGUUUCUAAUAUGUGUAUGAAAUUAUAUUUUUUAGUUAGCGUAGUUAGAUUAAUAGGGGAGUAUCGUUUCCAUUUUUUUAUUUGCUCAAAAAAGUCGAAAUGAAAUAUCUAUGGUUCUCUAAAAAUUUAGGAAAUGAUUCAGUAACUAACCCAUUAUGUUCGGGAUAUUCGCGUCACGAAGCUCCUUAGGUAUAUUAUAUUUUGUUUUUAUAUAUUUUUUCGAAUUAGACACUGAAUAUUUAAGAACACAUACAAAUAUAGAUAAUAAUAAUGGAUUAGUAACUUAACUAACACAUUAUUUAAAGGAAUACAACAGGUUUUUAAAAUGUAUCAAAUUAAGUUUAAAAUCGAGGUUCAAUAAAUAGUAAUUAGAUUUGAGGAAUCAAGUGAUCAUAGUACAUCAUAUAUGAUAAGCAGUUUGUCUAUGGAACAUGAGUGUGGUGGUCAUAGUAUGUUUCGUAAGUAUAUAAAUAAGAGGCUAUGGUGGUAUAUAAUAAUCGCCUAUAAGAAAUAGUUUAAACAUUUAAAAUUGGAAUUAUUCGACUUGUAAUGCCUUACCUAAAUUAGAGCUUUUUCUGUAUUGAUUUUUUUUUUAUUUCAUCUAAUCGAGCAAGUAAAGGAAUGGAAAUUGGAUUGCCACUGCGUGUGUACAGCACAAUUAAGCCCCGAUUAUGUGUUUUGUGAACGAAUUUGUUUAGGGGCUGAAUUUAUUUUGUUUUUUUUAAUAAAUGUAUUUUUUAUAGAGUCGUUUUUGACUUAUUGGUGUAAAGCACAAAAGUUUGAUAUGAAAUUUGAAUUAUUUUUACAUUGUUUCUACGGUUAAUUAUAUUUUUGGUAAUGAAAAUUGUUAGAUUGUGAAGAGCGCUAUAUUUUUAAAUUGUAAAAUGUAAUAAUUAGUUUUUUAUGUAAAUAGAUAAUUGAUUUUUAAUACAAUGUGUAUUUUCUAGAUUCGUUUGAGAUCCAUCUAUAUAACUUUGUUUCUAUAUAGCGAUGUUUGGAACAAUAACCAAAUUAAAGACAACCAGAAGUCACCUCGCGUUCGCGUAUUUCCACAAUUCAAUGAAUUCUAUACUUCUCAAAAAUAUUUGUUCCUAAAAAAGACUAAUAAAAUUAUUCUUUCGUUUGAAGAAAAGUUAUGAUCAAUAAAGCGCUCUUCAAUUAUAUUGUUUUUAAUUUUAUUGUGAAAUUAGGUCUGCUUGCUGACACAAUGGCUAAGGCUGGUCCCUAAAAUAGCUUCAGCGGCGUAAAUUGUAAACUUAUUUAUUAAAUACCUUAAUGGUGA